AUGCCUGCUAAAGUUCAUAUUUCUAGCGCUGGAGAGUUUGUCGACAGCGACGGGAACCAGAUCCAGUUGCGCGGUGUGAAUUUGGAUCCUACUGUCAAAUACCCCUCGAACCCACAUGGCUCCAGCCACGAGCCUCUCACACCGGAAUUCUAUGACAAUGCAAAUGAAGUCAGCUUUGUCGACCAUCCGCUGAAGGCGAAUGAGGUGGAAUAUCAUAUUUCCAAAUUAAAGUCUUUAGGGUACAACACCAUCAGGUUUCCGUUCACCUGGGAGUCCAUCGAACAUGAAGGGCCCGGCAUUUAUGAUUUUGCAUAUAUGGACUACGUUAUCGAGGUUUUACGAAAGAUUCAUGGGCUGGGUGGAAUGUAUGUAUAUUUGGAUCCGCAUCAAGAUGUGUGGUCGCGUUUUACUGGAGGUUCUGGUGCUCCCUUGUGGACACUAUAUUGUGCAGGAUUUCAACCGCGCAGGUUCGAGCCGACGGGAGCCAGUAUCUUGCAUAACUCGUUUAUCGAUCCAAAAACAGGAAAGGAAAAUAAGGUUUAUCCCAAAAUGCUGUGGCCAACCAACUACUACCGUCUUGCCACACAAACCAUGUUCACUCUAUUUUACGGCGGCAGGAAAUUUGCUCCGAAAUGCUCAAUCAAUGGCCAAAACAUUCAGGAUUACCUGCAGAACAGUUUUAUUGCUGCGUGUAUGGCGUUUUAUGGAAGAAUACUCGAAAGGGCUCCUGAGCUUUUCGAAGAUCAGUGUAUUUUAGGUUUAGAAACCAUGAAUGAACCGAGUGUUGGGUACUUUACAGACUUUGACUUAUCACAAGUUCCUAAAGACCGUAAGCUCAAGAGGGGAACCACGCCGACUGCCUUCCAGUCCUUUCAGCUGGGCGAGGGAUUACCAGCAAAUGUCGAUACUUACGACAUAACUGUAUUCGGACCUCGAAAGACAGGAGCGACGUUUGUAAAUCCAGAUGGUCAGUCGGCUUGGCUCACAACUGAAGAAAGAAUGGAUGUUGACUCCCGAUACAAUUGGCAAAGAGGGGAGGAGUGGAAGGCCGAGACAUGUAUUUGGAGAUUGCAUGGGGUUUGGGACUACACUAAAAAUGGAAGGGCCCAGCUAAUGACUUCCGACUAUUUCGCACGCGACCCGACGACAGGCUCAGUGAUCGAUCUUCGGUACUUCAUUAAUGGCUUUUUUGUUGAAUUCUUUCAAAAGUUUCGGGAAAGUUUUAGAAACAUUGAUGGCGAGUCGUUUUUAUUCCUGCAACCUCCAACUUUACAAGAGCCUCCAAGCUUGAAGGGUUCGCAUUUGAUAGAUGACAAGACAGUGUAUGCUUGUCAUUUUUAUGAUGGUAUGUCACUCAUGUUCAAGUCCUGGAAUAGACUCUAUAAUGUAGAUUCGCUGGGAAUAGUACGAGAAAGAUACGCAAAUCCAAUAUUGAGUAUUGUUUUAGGGGAAAGGAUGAUUCGCAAGUGUAUUAAGAAGCAGCUGACGCAAAUGAAGGAAGAAGGGAAAGAACUUUUAGGAAAGAACAUUGCUGUCUUUUUCACAGAAAUUGGAAUGCCUUUUGACAUGGAUAGCAAAAAAGCGUAUAACAAUGGAGAUUUCAGCUCACAAUUAGGAGCAAUGGACGCUCUAGGUUAUGCUUUAGAAGGUAACAAUCUGUCAUUUAGUUUAUGGUGCUAUUGUAGCGAUAAUUCUCACGAAUGGGGAGACAGCUGGAAUAACGAAGAUUUCUCGGUGUGGAGUAAAGAUGACAUUGAUAAAUCAUCAGCGUCUGUUGUUGAAAAUGAUACCAAGUCCGAUAGCGACUCUGAUGUGGUGUCCUCAUUCUCGACAAUAUCACACGGGAGCGUCAUUGAUCCUAUGAUAGGAAACGAUAUAAUACCUUGCGAUUUCAAUGGGUUUCGCGCGCUCAAUGCUAUCCUUCGCCCCUAUCCGAUGAAAAUUUGUGGAGAAUUUCAAGACGCCGAAUUUGACCUCGAUAAAGUCGAAUACAGACUGACCAUAAACGCAACGACAAGGGCCGCUCAAGGUGUCAUGCAGACGUUAAUUUUUCUUCCCAAAAAACAUUUUCCUAUGGGCCAGACUGCCAUUAAAACCACAUCAGGCAAAUUUCUUUAUGAUCCUAACAGGCAGGUACUGCAAUGGACUCACCAACAGGGUAUACAAAGUAUUUCUCUGCGGAAAGAAAUAGAGGUGGCAGAUGAUCCAGAGGGCUGUUCGAUAAUGUAG